AUGAAUUGCAAAUCUCCAAUUAUUCCUGUUCUCAUUAUUGGAGCAGGAGCAUCAGGAAUUGCGAUGGGCUGCAAAUUGCAAAGAAAAUACGGAUUCGGCGAUUACACGAUCUUCGAAAAGCAGUCCGAAAUAGGAGGUGCUUGGACAAGCAACAAAUAUCCCGGUAUUGCAUGUGAUGUACCAAUGGCCCUAUACUCUUUCUCGUUCGCACCCAAAUUCACAUCCAAAUCAAUCUAUCCUUCAGGCGCCGAAUACUUGGAAUAUCUUCAGGAUGUUGCUCGAAGCCAUGGAGUAGACUCUAAAAUACAAUUUAACACCGAAGUGACAGACCUCCAAUACCUCGAGGAGUCGUCAACGUGGCAGGUUACGAUCUCGCGUCUUGUACCUCAUGAUCACAAGUCUACGAGCUCGCAAGAAAGUAGUUCAAACUCUGGAAUUCUAAAAACGGAAAAGAUUCUGGCAAACGUUGUUAUCAGUUGUGUCGGGAUUCUGGUCAAACCGAAUGUCUGGCCUUCAAGUGUUCCAGGCAAUGAAACGUUUGAAGGAGAGAUCAUUCACUCAUCGCAUUUGACUGACAGUGUCAAUAUGCACGACAAAAAGGUGGUCGUUAUAGGAUCCGGUUGUAGCGCGGCCCAAAUUGUGCCAACAUUACUACAACGGGAUGAAAUUGCGUCUUUAACACAAAUUAUGAGAACUCCCCCAUGGGUGGAGCCCCGAUUAGAAGAACCGUUGGGGAAAGCUAUGUAUUCUCGGUAUGCGCCAAAUUUGUUUCGCUACAUGCAACCGCUCGGUUGGAUCUUUCGAGUUUUCAUCUACAUCUACACAGAGAUAGAAUGGGCGACCAUUUUCCAGAGACGAAGUACAUUUCUACGUGGAUUAGCUGAAAAAGCAGCAACCAAACACAUGAAAGCCAAAGCUCCCGAAAAAUACCACGCAGUAAUGACGCCGAAGUACAGCUAUGGUUGUAAGCGUCGAGUAUUCGACAGCUCAUGGCUGGAGAGCAUGAGAAAUCCCAAGUUUUCACUGACAACAAGUUCACUUACAUCAUUGGGACCUGACAGUGUGUAUGUGAGGCAAGAUAGUGCGCUUACAGGUGAAGGAUCCACGAAGGUGCAUCCAGACCGCAAUGACCAAAUCCAGGCCGAUAUCAUCAUACUCGCCAAUGGCUUCCAGGCAACCAAAUUCCUGCACGCUAUAAGUGUACACGGACGUGGUGAUCUGACUCUUCACACGGAGUGGAAAAAUCGCGGUGGUGAACAAGCUUAUUUAGGAACGGCAAUGGAUAAAUUUCCAAACUUGUUCUUCGUUAUAGGUCCCAACACUUUUGUUGGGCACUCAUCGGUAAUUAUAAGUAUCGAAAACACAGUUGAUCUUAUUUUAAAGAUAAUGAAGCCGAUAAUAAAGGGAAAGUCGAGGACAGUAGAGGUGAAGAAAGAGGCAGUUGUCAAGUGGACAGCAGACAUUCAAAAUGCGUUGUGUGGUACAGUGUUUUCGGGCUGCAAAAGCUGGUACAGCAAUGAACGUGGUUGGAACUCGGUUAUCUAUCCGCGUUCUCAAAUCGACUUCUGGUACCGUUGCAAGUUUCCAAUUUACGAAGACUGGACUUAUACAUGA